UCCUCUCCUCUUACUCUCUCUCCUCACUCUCUCUCUCCUUUUGAUCACUUCGGUCCCUUGCUCCACUCCCUCUCUCUUACUCCUACACGGCUCUGUCACUCACUCACACACUCAUACCAGCUCUCCCUGGGCACCAUCUCCACCAUCGGAGAGCCUUCAUUGUGUCUGCGUUCUGCCAGGUGGACGCACUCCCCACAGUCACCAUUUCCACCCCGGAGAGUUCCACGCUGGCAGCACAGCCCCUUCCCCGGCUGAGCAUCGGGCGGAAGACCCUGGUGGCAGCUGCUGUGGGGGUCAUGCUGGUCCUGGUUCUGGUGGUCCUCAUCCCUGUGCUGGUCAGCUCCGUGGGCACAGGAGGCAUAGAUGACAGUGCAAGCCACUACGAGAUGCUGGGUACCUGCCGCAUGGUGUGCGACCCCUUCCCCGGCACGGGUGCGACGGACACAGGUGUGCACGCAGGGACGGACGCAGCAACCACAGGCCUACAGGUGGACAAUGACGCGGAUCUGAGUGAUCACAGCAUCGGCCCACCACUGCCUACUUACAGCGCUCAUGGCCCACAAGGCAAACCAGGACGUCCAGGCAAACCUGGACCCCCGGGACCACCUGGAGAGCCAGGCCCACCAGGACCCAAGGGUCCACCGGGAGAUGGUGUGGACAUUGUACGAACAGGGAUUCUAGGUUUAGGGGGUAAAGGGGCAGUUAGUACAACCACAUACAACACCACGCCUCGGGUGGCUUUUUACGCAGGACUACGAAACCCUCAAGAAGGUUACGACAUCCUGCGAUUUGAUGACGUGGUGACUAAUAUUGGUGGUAACUAUGAGGGCGCCACUGGCAAGUUCACCUGUAAGAUCCCCGGUACUUACUUUUUCAUCUACAAUGUGCUGAUGAGGGGAGGAGACGGCACCAGCAUGUGGGCUGACCUGAUCAAGAAUGGCCUGGUCAGGGCCAGCGCCAUCGCCCAAGACCAGGACCAGAGUUAUGACUACGCCAGCAACAGUGUCAUCCUUCAUUUGGAUGCAGGCGAUGAGGUUUUCAUAAAAUUGGACGGGGGCAAGGCCCACGGCGGCAACAGCAACAAAUAUAGCACCUUCUCAGGGUUCAUCCUCUACGCUGACUGAAAACCAGACAGGACGUGGGCUCGGAGGUGAAAGGUCACGGCCAAAAGACGUUCACUUCUUGAAUUUCACUUGGCACCUCGCAGUAAGGUUAAUGUUGCCCAUAGCCACUGAUCCACAGUCAGAUUGAUUUUACAGAUGUUUGAGCUCAGCGCUGAUGCAGUGACUAAAGCUGUGGAUCUGUGGUUAUGUGUAACUGUCUACCUCCUCAUCCGUAUGUUCCAUUGUAUACAGGGUGCCUAUACGCCGCUAUUCUGAAGGACGCAAAGAGUGACAGUCACGUCAUGUGUCACGCUGAGGUGCAGUCACAAUUCUGACAGUGAAGAAGCCUCACCAUCAUUCUCGAGCUGUCAUUUUCAAUUUCAAGUGUGGAAAUCUAACAGUCGUGGCGACUGCAGUGUUUGUAAACGUGCUGUUUAAGAUUUAUGUUAAUAUCAUGUUUUCUCAUGCUGUUUGUACAAUAUGAUGUUGUGCUUCAAUGACUGAGGAGAUAUUCCGUCCUGAGAAAUUCUAAGUUGUCAAAUAUUGGAUGCCAAAAUGAGAUUAUGCUUGUUUUGAAUGACAGACAGUGUCACAAACUGUGCUAUGUCUCAGUGUGAUGAUUUGAAAAAAAUCAUGCCAUUAUAACAGCCCAUUAAAUUGUUAGUGUAUAAAGUGUACAUUUGAUAUUGAAUAUUGAUGUCUGAACACAAUCAAAGUAGUGUACAUACACCAUAUUGUGUGUCUAUUAAGGAAUUUAGCUGUAAUCGAUAGUUGUACAAUUAUAUCACGUAAUGUGCUCAUUUGUGAGGAAAAAAUAAUGAAUUCAUGCAUGCAACACCUGUUAAAAUGUUCUGUAUGUUUCCACAAAUGAUAAGAGAAAUGCAGAAGCAGUUGAAAUAACCAAGUGUGGACUUUAAGGACAAAAAUUGCUGUUCAUUUACUUUUAAUGUCCAUGUUUUUUUAUUAAAAUGUUUUUUUUUUG